AUGACAACUACAUCAAAAGUUCAGUGUACAAAAUGUGCGAAAAAUACUGGUAUAGCCACAUGCGAUGGCUGCUUAGCAAAAUUCUGCAGUCGGUGUUUCAUUGUCCAUCGUCAAGAUUUGUCAAAAGAACUCGACAAUGUUGUUUAUAAACACGAUAUCCUCAAACAGGAGCUCGAAAUGCCGAAUAAAAGUAACUCUCAUCAUUUGUUAAAACAGAUUGAUGAAUGGAAGAAAGUCUCUAUCGAUAAAAUUAAUCAACUCGCUGAUGAAUGUCGCACUGAUAUUGUCAGACUACUAGAUAAAAACCAGGACCAGCUUACUGACAGUUUUCGUAAAAUAUCGAAUAGGAUUCGUAAAGGUCGAGACGAUGAAGAUUACGAUGAACGGGAUCUCAGCAAGUGGAUGACUGAGUUAAAACAACUAAAAGAUGAACUUAUCAAACCGUCCAACUUCCGCAUUGAAGAGGAUAAACAACGAUCUCCUUGGAUUCAAAAGAUCAGAGUAUGCGAAGAUUUUCAUGAGCAAGCAAAGGUGGAAAAUGAAUCAACAUCCGGUGGAGCUGGUAUUCAAAAACAGAACCAUACCAGUGUUGCAUUGGCAGGAUCCAAAAGUUUUUUACCAAAACAAGAGAAGACAAUGACAAAAAAUGAAAGUAAAAAAGGUUAG